CACUUCUCACCGUAGUAUGAUACAGAGAGCAUAACAAGAAGUAAGCAACACGAAGGCAGGCAAAUCUCAAAUUCGUGAGAAAUUAAGGCGUUAUUGCAGCAUUGAUAUUAGUUCAGUAAAGAAAACUGCAACCGCAUUUUCUUAAUUUUCUACUUAAUCGAGAAAUAAGAACUAAACGUGAAUUUAAAAUGCUUAUGUUGCAAUUAAUAUAUGCCAUCAUCAACAUCUUUAUUUUUACUACAGAUGCUCUAACGGAAAAUAUAUCGAACGAUGUAGCUAUAAAAAAUGUUACUGUAAGCAACACAACUGCAACAGUGAUAGAUAUAAUAACUACAACACCUAAACCAGACAUUGAUAAUAUUGCGACAAUUAAUCCAGCUUUAAUAUCUGAAACAGACAUUGAUAAUACUAUAACAAUUAAUCUAACUAAUAUCCAAAAUUAUCCAACAUCCAAAGCAGAGAUUGAGAAUAUUACUACAACAAAUAAUGUAACUACGCCAAGCAAUGUAACUACACCAAGCAAUCUAACUACAACAUCCAAAGUAGACGUUAAGAAUAUUACUACAACAAAUAAUAUAACUACACUAUGCAAUGUAACUACAACAUUCAAAGCAGACACUGAAAAUAAUACAUCAAGCAAUGGUACAUGCAAGGAAACAGAAUAUACAAGGAGGAAAUAUUUUUUGACGUAUCUAAUUACACUACCCAAAAAUAUUAAGAAUUUGACGUACUUGGACAUAUUCGCUCCAAGUGCAUGUAUUUUACUUAUCGGCUUCAUAGUAACACUGAUCGUUUUUGUUCUGCAGUGUUUAAUAAGAUAUCAUACGGAGACUAGAGAAUUUUCUUCUAUACGCGUCAAUAGGAGCAUUUUUAUUCGGCGAGCAGGAUUUAAUGAUUUAAUGAUUCAACCAGUAACUGUUGUACGUCUACAAACUCAAGAGGAUUAAAGAAGCAGUGAAUACAUAUAACGCACACAAAAGGUGCGUAUAUCACACAUUUUAGCAUAGUAGAAUUAAUACAUAGAAUAUAUGAGUAUCCAAAUAUAUUUUAACCAACAAACCUCCCAGAUAACACAUUUCUUAAAAUGCGUAACUUUAUUAUAAGACAAGACAUUUUCUUAAUAAAUUUAUAAUGUAAAAAUAAUAAAAAAAGUUAGCACUAUAAAAUAAUAUGUUUAAAGAAGAUCCGUAUCAAUCAAUACCGUAAGCAAUAUUUUUACUGCAAUUAGUUACCAAAUUAUAAAAUUAUGUUAUAACUAGUUGCUCAUGAUUAAAAAUAUAUCCAAUACGAUACGCUAAAAU